AUGGAUAGUUUGUAUGGUCCAGAUGAUAUGGAUGGCCCUUGUCAAGGAGGUCAUUUAGAAAUUGUUGAAUUUUUACAUAAAUAUGGUAACCUAAAGUGCUCUUGGGAAGCCCUAAUAGGUAAUGUUCGCUAUGAUACUUGCAAAUACAUGGAUUUAACAGCUAAUAUCAAGUGCAAAUCAAAACGGCCAUUUACAAGUUGUCAAUUUCUAAAUCGAAAUCGUACCGAAGAAUGUACAAGUAGAGCUAUCAAUUAUGCAUCAAAGAAUGUAGAUAUUGCUGCCAACUCUUCAACAUUACUAGCCACGAUCCCAUUUGUUGAAAACACUCUUUUUGAAUUUGUCUUUGAUGCAGUCAAUGGUGUGAUCUAUCGUUGGUCACUGAGAUAG